AUGGAGCUAUCAGACGGCGAAGAUCUAAGUGACUCAGAAAUGAUUGACGUUUCUGUGGACUUUUUAAAGUUUAAGGCUACAAAUGUCAUUGAUAACUUGAAAGAACUGAUUCCAUUUAACAUGACAGAUGGGUAUGGGAGGACACUUCUGCAUUGGGCUUCUUAUGAAGGGAAAAUCAAGAAGGUAAAGUUUCUGGUAGAAAAUGCAAUGCAGGACCUCAGUUUGAGGGACUUUUCGGGGUUCAAUGCUCUUGAAUUGGCUGCAAAAAGGGGUCAUAGCAAAGUGAUUGACUUUUUAAGUGAAGCGGGAUUAGAAUGUAGAGUGGUUGAUCCAAAUCUUAGGCUCAAUCCAGAUGUCAGCUUAUUGAGAGAAGGCCAAAUUGCUGCUGCAAUUUAUGCUGACAACUUAGAAGAGCUGCGAUUGAAAUUUGAGGGCUAUGUCACAAAUAUCAAUGGCUGGUUUUCUCUUCCAGAGUUUUACGAAUACACCUUGGUCGGAAUCUCAUGCUGACAGCUUUCACCAAAGUGUCUGGAAUGGCUUAUAUCUAAAGGUGCAAUGAUCAAACUUGAAAACAACGAUGGCUCCAAGCCUCUUGACAAUUGCCUUGAAGCUCUUCUUGGCGCUAUGCCACCUGAAAGUGAAGAAGAAUUUAUUCAAGUCAACACUGGAAUCGAGUGCUUAAUAAUUUUGCUUGACCGAAUAAAAGACUAUACGCCUUAUCUUCCCAGACUUCGGAUGCUCUUUGCGAGAUCCAGAAAUGCAGGUAAAGGCUCUUCAACAGCUGGGAAUGACUAUGAAAGAGAAGUCAUCAACAAACUAAUUCGAAUGGGUUUAUUAAUUUCCAAAUAUGUGUAA